GGAAGGCUGGCGCAUUGAGGCUAAAGGGGAAGGACGAACUCGCCCUGUUUGUUUAAUUUUGCAAGGGGCAGCUUGGCGGCUUUUGCAUCCGUCCCUUCGAUCACACCUGUAAUCAAGACCUCGAUCGAGGUCCGAUCGGCCUCUAUACAAUUGCGGAUACGGCGGAUGCGUCGGCAUGUCUGUCCCUUGCUUGGCCGUCCCAUUCAAUCGUGCGCAGUCGAGACGUCGCUCUUGGGUGCCCGCCGUGCGCAGCAGUCCCUCCGACGCCCUGCCUACCGUCCUCGGCAACCGCAGCAGGACGCUGAUACUCCGGGUGUCGUCGUACACAAGCAUGCUGAUCUUCCCAGGACCUGAAGCCGAUCCACUCGCGAGGAAAGUGGCGAGCUCGACGGCGUGCGACACGUUGCAUCUCGCUGAUGUCGAGGACUAUUGUGCGCUAGGCGCGUCAUCGAGCAGUAUAGGUCACUGCACAGGCGCGGCCGUUCCUUUGCGCAGUAGCGGUCGAGCCGACGCCGCUUGUGGCAUGUGCAGUCCCCAUCGUGCGCUCCACAGGAGCCUCGCGAGCAGGACGCGCGCUGUGGGUCGAAAGCUGUCCGGUCCGCCACCUCCCGAGCCGUCAACAGUCGCAUCACCCCCGCGCGUCUGAAUUGGCUGCGCAAUCCGCUACCUGUCAAGGCUUUCGGGGUGUACUCAUGCAAGCGUGCGUGCAGGUUGACGUCUUCUGUCAGAUGGAUUAGCCCCCGAGGUCGACGGCGUGUUUGGGAAUGUGGUCGCUCGAAGACGCCCUCUCAGAUUAUUCAUUGCACUUAGGUAUCGUCGCAGAAGAAGGAGGGUCUCCUCAGGUGGAGAACAUGUUAUGGAACGAACUACUUCUCUAUGAAGGGACAGUAUGGUCAAUACGCACGAGACUCGCCUGAGAGGAAGAAACCCUUAUACUGAGGCGCAUAUCCUCUUCGUAGAGGACGUGCGUCGGUUUAUUCGGCCUCCUCCCGCCAGGUAGUUCCAUGCGCCCAGAUUGCGAGUAAUAAGGGCCAUUGAGACGAAUAUCGA